UAUUCUAUCAUUAUUAAGGAUCAUUAAAUAUCGACGAAGAAAAUCAAAAAAGAGUAAAUCUUCUACGAAGAGAACAUUUGGUAAAUGGAUUCCAGUUUCAUUUAAAUCACCUAUUCCAGUUGCUUAUCCUGAUUGGUCAAUUGAAACAACUCGUCCAUUACCAUAUCGUCCAUUUAAGUAUGGACCUGAUUAUUUUAUAACAAUGGGAAUUCGACGUUUAGAUUUAAAUGAUUGGAUUGAAUUAGAUAAUGAAUGGAGUAAAUAUCAUCAAGUAAAACUUGAUCGGCUUUCAGAAGAAAGAGCUCAUCUUUUAUGUAAAACAGCACCUGAAGCAUAUGAUGCUGCACUUGAAACAAUGGAAUUACUUUGUGAAUAUUUAGUUCAUCGCUAUCCAUCAUUAUUUCAAUAUGAAUUAAAUAAUAAUAAUGAUAAAAAAAUUCGAAUUAAAACAACAGGAGAAAUCUAUAGUAUAAAUAGUGAUGAUCCUCUUAAAUAUGCAUCACUUUUAAUUCAAGACGAUUUAGCUCUAAUGAUUGAAGGAUCUGAUGGACAAUAUUAUCUUAAAGCUGGUUCAAUUAUUAUUCCGGGAUUUUGGCGUCUUCAAGAUAAAUUUAAUAUGCCUCUUGCACAAAUUCAUUUAUCAGGUGAUGUUCCCAAAUUUAAAGAAAAAUUACAACAUAAUCAAUUUGGUAUUGGAUGGAUAAAUGCUAAACCAAAUCCACCAAUUGAAAAUAUUUAUUUUCGUAAUGAAAGACAAACACUUAGACGAUUACCAAGAAGUGGAGCUAUUCUUUUUACUAUUCAUCCUUAUUUUAUUCCAGUUAUUGAAAUAGCUAAAGAAGCAGGUAUACCAGGACGAUUAGCUUCAGCUAUACGAAGUUGGCCAGAUGAUGUUUCUAUAUACAAAGGAAAAAAAGCUUAUGAAGAGGUUCUCUUAAAAUAUCUUGAUCAAAAACAUCAAGAACAAUGUGAUAAUGGUUUAGAUAUUGAUUAUUCAAAAUCUUAUCCAUAUUAA